AUGCUGGAAUGUCUCUCCUUCAACACGUUGACUCCUUCCGCACGCAACCCCCCUCCUCCCCUCUCUCCAUAUUCACAAGCAAACUCAACCCAAGAAUCAUCAAGCCCAAAUGUCUCUCGCGAAUUCGAUCGCGCCAUUCAAGCCCCCUCCUACAACGAUAUCCGCACCAUGAUCCAAACCCCUCCUCAACCACACCACAUCGAAAUUCAACAAGUUAAUAACGAAGAUAACACCCAAGAACAAGAUGAAGAUUCCCACCACCGCGAUAUCCUCACCCAAGUUCUUCAACCCAACCCCAACAGCGUCCGUGAAACCCUCGCUAAAUCUAAACCCGAAAGCGCCCUCACCCUCCUCGUUUCUUCUUACUUUGAUCAUAGUGAAACAACUUCCCACCGUUGCCUAACCCUCGUCCGUACCGUCCACCGUGCUCGCGAAAUGUAUAACCCUCUCUCCAAACUUCUCUCCGAACUCCCCUCCGAUAGCUCCUCCCUCUCUCAACCGCAAUGCGACACUGCUUACGAUCUCUUCAUCCAGUUCAAUCUCCACGAAAAUCCUUUCGUUUUCCCUUACUUUCAUACCAUCCGCGACAGUUUCUCCGACCUUAAACAUCAAAUUCAACUCGACCGUAGGAAAUGCCAUCACAGAAUCCGUCUCUUCCGUAACGCCACAAUUGGAUGCGCUAUCUGCGGCCUCGCUACUGUAUCGAUAGCCGUGAUUACUGCUGUAAUUGUUGCCACGCAUGCUUCUAUUGGAUUUGCGGCAACGAUACCAUUAUUUUGUAUUCCUUUUCAGAAGAGAAGAAAGAGGAAGGCUUUAGCUAGGUUGAAGCAGCUUGAUGCUGCAGAGAGUGGAACUUUUGUUGUGAAUCAUGUGAAUACCAUUGAUAGUCUUGUGGAUCGUCUUCAAACUGUGGUGGAAAGCGAUAAGGCUAACAUGCGAUUUGCGUUGGAGAAGGGGAGAGAUAGGCAUCCUAUACAGGAAGUGAUCAAGGAGCUUCGCAAGAGGCAGCCGGUUUUUGAACAGUUGCUUAAAGAUCUUGAGCAACAUAUAUAUCUAUGUUUUGAUACUGUUAACAAAGCUAGAGGUGCACUCCUCAAUGAGAUAUCAAUUCAUCAAGCUGAGUAA